UCCGGGGAGCGCUGCUGCUGAAGGAGGAGCUGCGGCAAGGUCGGUGAGCGGAGCAUCCCUACGGGCGACAUCUCUUGGAGGAAAAGGAGGCGCGUACGGCUAUUAGGAGAGGUGCUCGAGGGGGACCGCCCUUCUGCUUUCGGACCUUUGGGCUCCGAGUUUGAUGCCGUUUUUCCUCCUCCGAAGAGACGCUUCCUCCGGCGGAUGCUGAGCUCCCGCGUAACCCCUUUGUACCCGCAUGUUCUGAGGGAGGCGGAGCGGCAGGGACGCCUUUGCUGAUUUCCGAAGCUCCCUUUCCCGGCACUUUAGCAGCCAGAGCGCAGUGAUACCGGGGGCUUUUUUGGGGGGGCUUUGCGGUACUGGCUGGUCUUUCAUUUAUCGCUGGUAUCAAUUCGCCGGGUAGAUAUUUGCCAUGUCAGCGCCAUCAUAUUCAUCCAGUCCUCCCCCCUAUGAAGAGCAGUCUCCGGCGGGGCAAGGACUGUUCCCGGACACCGGACUCAAACCCGCUGGUCCAACGCCGAGCCAGAGCCGGUUCCAGGUGGAUCUCGUGGCGGAGGCGGCCGGCGCGUCCGCCGGGGACGGCGGUGCGGCCGGCGACAAAGCCACCUCCGUGUCCGGAAAGGCACACGAUGGAUCCGAGCCGGCGACCGGCGGCGAGGAGGCGAAAGGCCGGUUCCGGGUCGUGAACUUCGUGGACCCCAGCGGCGCCGGGAGCCCGGACGCCGUGCCGACGGAAGCCUUCCAGAACGGGGACACGGUGAUGAGCGAGGGCAGCCUGCACUCGUCGACGGGCGGCCAGCAGCACUACUACUACGACACGCACACCAAUACGUACUACCUGCGCACCUUCGGCCACAACACCAUCGACGCAGUCCCCAACAUCGACUUCUACCGGCAGACUGCGGCGCCGCUGGGGGAGAAGCUGAUACGACCCACCCUGUCUGAGCUACACGACGAGCUGGAUAAGGAGCCUUUCGAGGAUGGCUUCGCCAACGGAGACGAACUCACGCCCGCUGAGGAGGCUGCUGCCAAGGAGGCCGUGGAUCCCAAGGGCGCCGUCAAGUUCGGCUGGAUCAAAGGCGUCCUGGUGCGCUGCAUGUUGAACAUCUGGGGGGUGAUGCUCUUCAUCCGCAUGCCGUGGAUCGUGGGCCAGGCAGGCAUUGCUCUGUCCUGUGUGAUCGUGCUCAUGUCGAUGGUCGUGACCACCAUCACCGGCCUGUCGACGUCAGCCAUAGCGACCAACGGCUUCGUACGGGGAGGUGGGGCAUAUUACCUCAUAUCCCGGAGUCUCGGCCCAGAGUUCGGAGGCUCUAUCGGGCUCAUUUUCGCCUUCGCCAACGCCGUGGCGGUUGCCAUGUACGUUGUGGGAUUUGCUGAAACCGUUGUGGAAAUCCUCAAGGGUGCCGACGCCAUCAUGAUCGACGAGUCCAACGACGUGCGGCUGAUCGGGAGCCUCACCAUUGUUUUGCUGUUGGCCAUCUCUCUGGCAGGAAUGGAGUGGGAGGCCAAGGCUCAGAUCUUCCUGCUGUUUAUUUUGUUGACUGCCAUCGUCAACUACUUUAUCGGGACCUUCAUUAAUGUGGAGUCCAAGCAGCCCAAGGCCUUCUUGGGAUAUAAAGCUGAGAUAAUGUUCGAGAACAUGGGUCCAAACUUUCAUGAAGAGACGUUCUUCUCCGUAUUUGCUAUCUUCUUCCCAGCGGCCACUGGCAUCUUGGCUGGUGCCAACAUCUCUGGAGACCUGGCGGAUCCACAGAUGGCUAUUCCCAAGGGAACGCUAUUGGCCAUCCUGAUAACCGGCACGGUUUACUUGGGUGUCGCCAUCACUGCUGGGUCCAGUAUCGUGCGUGAGGCCACAGGCAAUGCCAACGACACCAUCAGCGGCAGCGCCACGGCCAACUGCACCGACGCCGCUUGCAGCCUCGGUUUUGACUUCUCCUCCUGCAAGUCCAGCAAGUGCGAGUAUGGACUCCUGAACGAUUUCCAGGUCAUGGCCCUGGUGUCGGGCUUUGGGCCGCUCAUCACUGCCGGAAUCUUCUCAGCCACUCUCUCCUCGGCCUUGGCCUCCCUGGUCAGUGCGCCCAAAGUCUUCCAGGCACUGUGCAAGGACAACAUUUAUCCCGGCCUGAAUUUCUUCGCCAAAGGUUAUGGCAAGAACAACGAGCCCUUUCGUGGCUACCUGCUCACUUUUGUUAUCGGACUGGCCUUCACUCUCAUAGCGAAGUUGAAUGCCAUUGCACCCAUCAUUUCAAACUUCUUCCUGGCCUCCUAUGCCUUAAUUAACUUCUCAGUGUUCCAUGCCUCUCUGGCCAACUCUCCAGGGUGGAGGCCCAGCUUCAAGUACUACAACAUGUGGGUGUCACUGGGGGGCGCCGUGCUCUGCUGCGUGGUCAUGUUCGUCAUCAACUGGUGGGCGGCCCUCAUGACCAACGUCAUCGUGCUGGCGCUCUACAUCUACGUCAGCUACAAGAAGCCAGAUGUUAACUGGGGCUCCUCCACACAAGCCCUGACCUAUCACCAGGCCCUGACGCACACACUGCACCUCAGCGGAGUGGAGGACCACAUCAAGAACUUCAGACCCCAGUGCCUGGUCAUGACUGGCUACCCCAACUCUCGACCCGCCCUGCUCAACCUGGUGCAUGCAUUCACCAAGAACGUGGGCCUGAUGAUCUGCGGGCACGUGCGCACGACGCUUCGCAGGCCGAACUUCAAGGAGCUGGCCACUGACCAGGUGCGCUACCAGCGUUGGCUGCUGAAGAAUGAAAUCAAGGCCUUCUACCUGCCUGUGUUUGCUGAUGACCUGAGGCAAGGUGCCCAGUACCUUCUCCAGGCUGCUGGUCUCGGCCGCCUGAGGCCCAACACUCUGGUGAUUGGCUUCAAGAACAACUGGAAGGACGGCGAGAUGAAGGACGUGGAGACGUACAUCAACAUGAUCCACGACGCAUUCGACUUCCAGUACGGGGCUGUGGUAAUCCGACUUAAAGAGGGCCUUGACGUCUCCCACAUCCAGGGUCAAGAUGAGCUGCUGUCCUCCCAGGAGAAGACCUCCGGCAUGAAGGACAUUGUGGUCUCCAUCGACAUGAGCCGGGAUUCUGAUGCCGACUCCAAACCGUCGUCCAAAGCCACCAGCGCCCAGAACAGCCCCGCCAUCCAGAAAGACGAUGACGAGGACAGCAAGGCCCCCACGCAGCCGCUGUUGAAAAAAGACAAGAGCCCCACCAUCCCGCUAAAUGUAGCUGACCAGCGCCUCCUGGAGGCCAGCCAGCAGUUCCAGAAGAAGCAGGGCAAGGGCACCGUGGACGUGUGGUGGCUGUUUGACGACGGCGGCUUGACCCUGUUGAUCCCGUACCUCCUGACCAACAAGAAGAAGUGGAAGGACUGUAAGAUUCGUGUGUUCAUCGGCGGCAAGAUCAACCGCAUCGACCACGACCGCAGAGCAAUGGCUGCGCUGCUCAGCAAGUUCAGGAUAGACUUCUCCGACAUCACAGUCCUCGGGGACAUCAACACAAAGCCAAAGAAGGAGAACGUGGCGACCUUCGAGGAGUUGAUCGAGCCCUACAAGCUGAAGGAGGACGAUAUGGAGCAGGAGGCAGCCGAGAAGCUGAAGGCUGAGGAGCCAUGGAGGAUCACGGACAAUGAGCUGGAGCUGUACAAAGCCAAGACCAAUCGCCAGAUCCGACUGAAUGAGCUUCUGAAGGAGCACUCGAGCACAGCCAACCUCAUUGUCAUGAGCAUGCCCCUGGCAAGGAAAGGGGCAGUGUCCAGUGCCCUCUACAUGUCCUGGUUGGACACCCUCUCCAAGGACCUGCCCCCCCUUCUCCUGGUCCGUGGCAAUCACCAGAGCGUCCUCACCUUCUACUCCUAAAACGCCUCCUGGACCACUGCACUCUCUCUCUCUUGCCAGACUUCAGUUUUUAACGAGGUUAAACAAUUAGCAACUGAUAUUAAUACUGAUAAAGUGAGUCACAGAGUGAGGGAGCUGCCCACUCGGCGGGUGAUGUCUGCACUCCUGAAAAGGCACAAGAGUCCGGCGAGCAUUAGGACGCUACGCCACAAUUUCCUCCUGGUACAGAUUGAAAAAGGAAAAGAGAAACUUUAAAUCAACCCCCCCAUCCCCCACCCCGCACCAGCGCAUGUUGUCGCCCUCAUUAGUUUACUGCUGAUUUUGCUCGCUAGAGCAGCAGUGAUGCUCCGGGUCUUUCCGUGACCCCCGCUGGGAAGACGACGCUGAAUGUCCCACUGCACCUUUCACAGCUAUAUGGAUGUGCCUUCCACGCGAAUCCACUAAAUUUCUGUGCCACUCCACACGGCUGAUUAUGGAAAGGGGGAGGGUCCCUUUUCUGAGAAUUUGAAUAUUUUGAAUGUAAAAUUAGUUUUUUUUCUUUUUUUUUUAUAUUCUGCGAGUGGAUUUAAGGCAAACAUGGAUCAUUUUUGCUGCAUAAGGUCCUUGUGUUUAUUUUUCCAGUCUUCCUUCAAGCUAUAACAGCUAAUUUUUUUUCCCCUUAACCAUGCCCCCCACUUACAGAUGUGGUGAUAGGCUGAAAGUCAGUUUUAUGAAACUAUUGUGUGGCCCAGAUGUUCUGCUGGUUUUAUUUCUGAUGGGGAAUCUGCUUCUGUCUGGCAUUCUCCCCGUCACCCUGUUUAAUCCCAUGGAAGAACAUUAACAGCCAAUAUCCCUCAGUCCAGGGUAAGAAUAUCUGCCUCAUUCGGGAUGUUAAUAAGCGAAGGACGAGUUGCUUGAAAGUCUGAACCAAAAAAGUACCGUUAUUUUUGAGACUGGUGUAGUAUCAUCCCAAAAUGGAAUAGGACUUUGCCUUAAUUAGAGUAAUUAUAUUACUAUUGUAUCGGUCCUUUUAAGCCAUAAUGGCCAACUGGUAGAAACUUGGGUAAAUGAAUUUAGACGAUUAUAUGUGUCGGAAGAUGUGUAGAUAGGUGAUAUUGUAAAAUCUAUAGGCAGUAUUUAUAACUUAUGUACUGUACAUAUACUGUUUUUCCUUUCCCACACCUGCUUCGAGCGGUGACUUCACUGCCCACAUUCCGUCACGCAGGACGAGUUACGUUACUGCAGCCUGGAUUCGAGCGACGGGCGGGAGCAACUAAUGUGAAAAAAGUCCGUACAGGAGAUAUCUCACUGACGCACAUAGCGUAGAUCGUCCGCAAAGCUUGCAUGGAGUGUUUCCAUUUGAUCAGACUAACCUCCUCUGGAAGGAGAGGACGAUGACCCAUCUUUAAGUUUUAAGGACUGUCUGCUGUGCGUGCGUGUUGCUCAGAUGACGGUUUGGCCAUUCAUGAAUUUCGGAGGAUUAGAAAACCUCCGAACCGCCUGGCCUUUCUGACAGAUACCUCUAUGCAUGUUUGACGAAUUUGUACCUGAAGUCCGCUUCUUGCAGAACAUUAAAUGGUUUCUCUGUGUUCCGAGUAAUUGGUCUGACCGCCUUUGAGAAUUCCAGAUCGAUCCCGCCCAUCCCUCCGUUGUCAUUGACGUAGGAUAUCCGCCGUUCCAAGCAUGAAGGCACACAUUCCACAUAUGAUCGUCCACGAGUUACUGAAACGAGUCCCCUGCUCAGGCUGCUCGGCUUGCCGCUGGGGAGGCCGAACUCUUCAGCAAACUGCGCGUAGGUCCCAGCGGCAAACUUCCUGCAUUUUUACCGUAUGCAUUUCUUGGUCCUGACUGAAUGUAGCGUUCGACGCAGGGAAAUGUGAACUGAAUGUACACAACACUAAAGAGUUGCAGCAUUUAUUUUUCGGAUGCCCAAAUGAAUGAUUCAUAAGUUUUCAGGGCGGCUGUCUUUCUCAAAGCUUUCAGGACAUGGUCGUAGUUCAUAAUCAUCACCCCAGAGACUGAAUCCCUUUUUACUAUACUGAAUACAGCAUGUCAGCUUUAAGUUUGAACAAAUACCAAUAUUUAUACAAAUACCAACUUAUAUGCCAAUGUGUAGAAUAGGUUACUUUAAAGGAAGAGUGACGUAUACAUUUUGAAGGUGGUUUGCUUAAGGUUUCUACUGUAUAACUGUACAGCACACAACCCCUAACAAUCAAUGUCAGAUUUUGAAGUAAAUACCACCUGCAAUUAAUAGAUUUUAUAUAAUCUAUAUAUAAAUAUAUAUAUAUAGAGAGAGAGAGAAUACGGGGUUUAUCUUUCGUUACUUGCUAUAUGGGUAUUUAUGUAAACCAAACAAUGUGUGUUGAGUGUGUUCACUGUACAUACAUACACAGCCCAUGUGGUGUGAUAACGGAGUCGUGUUGGUACUGGCAUCCUCGUCCAAAGUCUGCAGCUUUGCCACAUUAUCGUCUUUGUGCUCAUUCGCUUAUCAAACCUCGCCUCACGCACAAGCGUUUGCCUGAUCGUUAGCCAAAGGCUUGGUUUUCGUGACCCAUAAAUAUCAACCGUCAUCCUUAUAAUUACAACUGUUUGACUCUAAUUUUUUUUUCUUGCCUGUACAUAACCAGACUCUAAUGACAAAUUAAGGGAGUGGAACCUUAAAGGCAAAUCUUAAAAUGGAGAAGGAAAAAAUAUUUAUUUUAGUUUAGACUUCUCCUGUAAUUUUAUUUUGGUUUUAAGUCACAUUCCAUGUUAAUUUCGUUUAGCUCUCCUUAAAUUUUGCCUUUAUUCCCUUUUUUAGUCUCUGUACAUUUCUAUCUUUUUAUAUACCUUUAAAGAGAAGCUUUGACAAGCGGUUUUAAAGCUUUUUUUAUUAUUAUUUUUGUUUGUUUCCUCCAGCGUGGCAGAUAUAAUCUGCCUGCGCGGUUGAAACGGUAAUGUUUUGAAAUACUGUCCUGUUAACUGUCACAAAUGCUUUUUUUUCUAACAUUUUAACAUUAAAGGUUACCAAUACUUUGUACAUUUUAAUUGCAAUAAAUAAAAAUGACUAAAUUAUU